GAAUCGCCAUGCGUGGCUUUUUAAUCCGCUUCUUGUUUGCCUUGGCAUGUGCAGAGGCGCCUGUCCGUUUGGCAAUCUACGGUGCCUGCCUGGACUCGGUGAACACGGAGUACAAUCUCCAAGGCAGAACUGCCAGUGGCGCACCACUCUACAAAGCCUUCGAUUCCAAAUUGCAUAUUUAUUUCGAUCCAAGUUGUGAUGGUUCCACCAGCGACUCCAGGUGGAUCAUCCAGACUUUGGACGGGACACCUGAUCGAAAUCAAUCUCAGGAUCUCGACGAAAAUGGGCUCUGCACCCACACUGCAUACAUUUCUUCCAGCGACGCGACCACACCGCCUAUGGGUGAGUCAUCUUGGACCAUGGAGUGCUCCUCUGGUUCUCAGGCAGUGACCCUGGCCCUUGAGGAGGUUGAACGGGUUGGAUUCCAGAUCCCACCAGCCUUCUUCUGCUCCUACAACUGUGGUAACAAUCGUGGCGAGGUUACUCGACCUGGCCGAUGCUUUGUCAAGAGCGAAGUCUUUGCGACCCGCGGAGUCAGCUGGGGAUUUCUCGUGACCCGGAUGUCUGAAGUCCCAGAAGGGAUGUCGACAAACAUCCCGCCGUUGAUCACGGAAUGGGAGACCUACAGCCAGGGCGACAUGACAUGGGAAGGCUGGUUCUAUGUGAAAUCGGCUCCAUCCCCCGAGCGUUCCAUGCUCAUCGGGAGCUUUGGCACCAACGAUGCGGAGACCCUGUUCAGUUCAUCCAGUAGGCGGCGCCAUGGUGCCAUUUGGAUCAAUAGUGAUGGCCGGCUUGGAUUGAGUACCAACACCGGCACGUCAAGUGGAUACAUUGAUGGUCCCAGCGUGGUCGAUGGGAAGUGGCACCAUGUGGCAGCAGUCUGGAAUCAAACUGCAGGAGGUGGCUCCAAAAUUCUAAAAAGUUUUAAGUUCAUGCACGUCAGAUAUGCCACGAUCUCUGGUAAUACGGAGAUGCUCGCUGAGUUGACCGAGCGUUUGGCAAAUGCCACUUCAAUUGAGGCGAAUGCAUCACUGGACGAUAUUUGGGUCACAUUGACUGAUGAGCAAAUCAUUGGAGGGGAGGGAAGGACCAAAGUGUCCUUGGCAGUGAAUUGCGACGUGAAAAAUGUGGACAUGACUUUGGCCAGAUUGGUUAGCAGCCACACAUUUGAGAACCGCAUGAUGUGGGCCCUUUUCAACACCACGCUCAUUAGCAAUUCCUUCACUGGGCUUACGCCGGUGGAAGACAACGUUCUGAUCUAUGACAACCUCUAUCCACUCAUUGAAUAUGUAGGGACUGGAAAACUCUUUGUUGACAGCAUCGAGUAUCCCGGGAGGCUCACAUAUUCCCCGGAUGCGGAGAACAUCGCUGACAACGGGCAGUUCAUGAUUGGUGGUGGCCACCAGGGCCGACCGGUGGACUGUGAGAUGGCAAAGGUCCGACUUUGGAGCAGUGCUUUGACGAAGGAGCAACUGACGGAACUUCAAAGUUGUGAUGCACUGGAUGUUGAACAAUUCAUUGGUGGCCCCUACCCACACAGUGUCUUGGACUGCAAUCUGUUUUAUUCCCCUAAUAUCCCCUAA